UGAAGUGAAGUUCACGCAACUGCGGGUGGCACAGGAGCCCUAUCUGGAAAGACAGUUGGCAACACUUAAAUAUUUAGGAGGGCAUUUGAAGAAAUAAACAAUGCACAUUUGGUGAUGAAAAGAUCCUUUGCAGUUGGAACAAGGUGAGCAAAUUUGCACCAGCAACAAUAAUUCAUGCAAAGAUUAGACGCCUGAGAUUAUUUUAAUAAUAUUUUCUUUCUUUUUUUUACUCAGAUUUGCAGAAAGGAAGAUUCUUAAUCAAAUCUGAAUACUUGGCGUAUUUGGUAGGAAGGUGAUCUUGAAAAGCCUUCCUCGUAUGUUGAAUAAAUGUGGCAGGAUCUCAGCAGGCAGGACUUUCCAGCAACCGCGGAGCUCCAUCCUGGCUCUUAAAGGGCUCCUUUGCAUCCUCUUCCUAAAAGGCCCCCUCCGUCCGUCCUGACCUGCGAUGGCACCCAAAACGGCACCCAAAAAGAAAUCUGGGCGCAAGAAGGAGGAGGCCCCCAAAGAGCCGGACUUUGAUGAAGCCAUUGUCCCCGAACACAGCCGGGAGUUUUACUUGAUCCAGAUCCGGGAUCUGGAGAAACGAUUAGCCAGGUACCAGAAGAAAUGGGACGAGUUGCAACUGAGCGAGGAGCUCUUCCGCACCGAGUAUGAGAAGAUGAUUGCCGACAACAAGGAGAUCGUGUCCUUCCUGAAGAAGACGCUCAACCAGCGGGUGGACGAGAUUGCGGACCUGACCCUCCAGCUGCAGAACCUGCAACAGGCCAAGGACAUCGAGAAGGAUGCCUUCGAGGCCCAGCUGGCCCAGCUGCGCCACGAGUUCCAGGAGACCAAGGACGUCCUCACCGCCGAGAACAUGACGCUCAGUGCCAAGUUAGCGGCUCUGGAGGAAUUUCGUAUCCAAAAAGACGAGAUCAUGGCCAAGUUUGCUGACCUCGAGGACCAGCUGAAAAAGCAGGAGGAGGACCACAAGGCCACCAUUUACAACUUGGAGAAGAAAGCCGUGAUUGACAAAGAGAGGCUGAAGAAAGACAUGCUGCACCGAGUGAACGCCGUGGCGGCCGAGUUCCGGAAGGUCUCCAACAACCAGAUGGCGGAGACCACCAAGCGCACCAUCCGUGAGAACGUGGCCAUCAGCAUCCAGCUGACCAAGAUCACGGAGCAGAGCCUCCACCUCAUCCAGGAGAACGACCGCCUCAAGGAGGCCCACGCCGAGGCCCUGCAGCAGCUGAGGUUGCUGGAGCAGAACGAGAAGCUCAUGGCCCGGAACAGCGUCAGCAACCACAAGGUCAUCUGGAUGCUCACCAACAAAUGCAAAGAGCUGCAGGACCAAGUGGACGAAUAUGUGCAGAUGAGGAAGGCCAUGGCCCAGACCCAGGAGAGCAACGAAAGGCUCGAGGAAAUCAAUGCGGCACUCCGAGAGGAGCUGAAUGCUCUGAAAGUCGACAUAGCGCGGAAGCAGUCUGAGCACGAGGACCGAGUCAAGGCCUUCCAAGACGAGCACGAGCGGAGGAUGUUUGCGGAGAGGGUGCUGCGGCACAUGUCCGCCGGGCUGAAGGAGAUCUUGGCGCAACUGCCAUGCGAUGAGGAUGAGGACGGCGGCUUGGACGUGGUCUUCCAAGUGCGGCGCAACGACGCGCUGCAGGGCCUCCUGAAGCUUUUGAACCGAAGCAUUGCGCGCAUCGAGGCCAAGGAGAUGCUCCGGCCUCUCUCGGAAGAGAGCAAGCCGGUCAGGCUGUCCGUCGCGAUGGAUGACAGCAGUCGCAACGGAUGGCACCUCAAGGCUGCCCACCUGAUGUCGCAUUACGACGUCUCCAGAAUCCCGAAGCCUCGGCCCACGCACAGCAUGCCCUCCAUGAGCACCAUUGUCCGGAACCAGGUCGACACCAUCCGCCCCUAUGCCAGUGCCACCGAGCCUUUGGUGAUGGCAUGGAGGCCUCCGGAAAAGAAGGAGGAGGCCCCUCCGCCAAAGGAAGCGAUGGCGCCGGAGGAGCCCAUUCCGCCGGAGGACGUGGCAACCCCACAGACGCUGGAUGAGGAGUAGGGCACCGAGCCCACCUUGACCUGGGAAGGAGCCUUUGGGCACUCUCCCUCCACAGGACAACGUCACCCGGCGUGGGCCUUUGGGGACUUAUUUUUUUAAUAAUGUAGAAAAGCCUAUACAAAUCUGCCCCAUAAAAGUUACAGAGCCAUGGAUGUGUCCCGAGUCCGGAACGGAUUAGAAAUCCGGCACAGCUUUUGGACUGGUGAGUAAGUUUCCCAGGAGGGGAGCAACGACUUCCAAGUAAACAAUGAAUUACUUUUGCAGCUA